CAAUCAGAUACUGUUUUUCGUGACUCGUCCUGCUUGCUCGGGUGGGUGGGAACCAUAUGGUAACCUAAAGUGGUCAUCUGAAGAUGUCUGACAAUGGUGAAUCUCCAACAGAAACGCCGAAAGAGGAGCCACAGCAACCGACAGAAGACUCUACGUCUAACGAAGAGAAGAAAAAAAGUAAUCGACGUGCUGUUGAAGGCAGUGGGAGACACUCCCAUAAUGAAAACAAAGAAGUGGGCAGUUGACAGGGGGAGAACGGUGCAGUCCCUCGCUCAGUUCAUUUCUCGCUUCCUCAAACUUGAUGGUAGUGAGCAACUUUUCAUCUAUGUUAAUCAGUCCUUUGCACCAUCACCAGAUCAAGAAGUAGGGGUCCUCUUUGAUUGUUUUGGCAGUGAUGGCAAGCUGGUUCUACAUUACUGCAAAUCUCAAGCCUGGGGUUGACUGCUGUCUAUCGGGUUCAUAUUGAUAUCUCUCUCAAAUUCAUCCCUCAAACAACAUGCAUAUUUUUCCUCCUUUGUUAUUUUCUCUUAACAUUUUUCUGUAAAUACAAUGUAAAUAAAUUAUUGUGACCAUA